AUGUUGAGCUCUGGAGCCUGGACUCUGCCAACAAGAACAGUCGUCAGGAACAAGCUGCUGCUGAUCUCGUUUGAUGGUUUCCGUUGGGACUAUGACCAGGACGUGGAGACACCAGAACUGGACCAGAUCAGCACCGACGGCGUCAAAGCAAAGUACAUCACACCCCCUAUGCUAACGAUGACAUCACCGUCACACUUCACCACCAUCACUGGUCGCUGGGUGGAGGGCCAUGAAGUCGUCCACAACAUGAUGUUUGACCAGAAAACAAACCUGAAAGUUCCGCACAAACAGACGCUGAGACGAUCAGAGUGGUGGGACACCGGAGCCACGCCCCUUUGGAUCACAGCCCAGGACCAGGGCCUGGCGGUUGGCUCGUUCCACUUCCCGGGGGGCGGAGCCAACUACAGCGGUCAGGUGGUACAGCGUCAUGUGUUUGAAGAGGCUGGUUUCCCUGACGACAAUGAGACAGAGUGGCGUUUGAACGUGGACACGGUGCUGGACUGGCUUCACCGUGACGACCUGGACCUGGUCACGCUGUACUUUGGCGAGCCCGAUAACGUGGGGCACGCCGUGGGGCCGGAGACGCCGCAGCGGCGCGCCAUUGUGCGGCAGAUCGACCGCACCCUGGGGUAUCUGCGGGAGGGCAUCCGGGCGCGGGGCCUGGAGUCACGCCUUAACGUCAUCCUGACCUCCGACCACGGCAUGACCACGGUGAAGAAGAGGCCGGAGGUGGACGAGGUCAUCCUCAACCACUACCUGCCGCUGCUGCGUCUGGCCAGCUUCGAGAUCCUGGACUACGGCGGCUUCGGGAUCUUGACGCCGCGCCCCGGACGAGAGGCCGAGGUCAUGGUGGCGCUCGCCAACGUCCCCAACGUGACGGCGUACCGCACCAGAGACCUCCCACCGAGCUUCCACCUCGCCAAGAGCUCACGCCUGCCCCCAGUGGUCAUCCAGGCCGACCUGGGCUUCAACCUGAACUCGCGCUUCAUAGUGUACGUGAACAAAGGGGACCAUGGGUACCACAGUGGAGAGAUGGACAUGAAGACCAUCUUCAGAGCAUUCGGACCAGACUUCAGACAGAACCAUGUGUCAGAACCUUUCGACAGCAUCCACCUGUAUCCUUUGAUGUGUCGCCUGCUGCGGAUCUCACCUGGUCCUCACGAUGGUUCUGAGGAGGUGACCAGGGGCCUGCUGAGAGACUCGUCCUCGCUGCUCCGGGCGUCUCUUCUUCUUCUUCUGUUGUCUGUGAUGUCAUCGGCUCUGAUCUGA